AUGGCCAAGGAUGGCCGCAGCUCGCUAUUUGGAACGCUGUCAGGCACAGAGGCAGGCGGCACCGACUCGUGGCUGGGCAACCAGCUGAUCGAUCCCACCAAGGGGCGUCGGUCGGUCACGGCACCGCAGGACCCCAAGGGGCGCAAGGGGCUGGCGGAGGUCCUCAGCCUGGCGUCACCCGGGUACCGCCUCUAA